AUGCUGUGGACAUCCCUCCUCCUCCUCCUCGGAGCCCAGCUCAGCCUCACCAGCCAACUUCACCACCGAUCCUCCAAUAAUGGCACACGAGACAGAUCCACAGCCCUCGCCCUGGCAAACACUCUCAUAUCCCACCUCACCCUCGAAGAAAAAGUCUCCAUGAUCACGGGAAACUCCUCCGCGGGCAACUGCAUCGGCGUCAUCGCGCCCAUCCCCCGCCUCGGCUUCAAGGGGAUCUGCAUGCUCGACGGCCCCAGCGCCGUCAACCGCGCCGACCUCGUCAGCGUUUUCCCUUCGGGGAUCACUGCGGCCGCAACGUGGGACCGUGAGAUGAUUUAUCGCCGGGGAGUUGCGAUUGCGGAGGAGUUCAAGGGGAAGGGGGGGCAUGUGAUUCUCGGUCCUUCCACAGGCCCAAUGGGUCGCGCAGCCCUAGGCGGCCGCAACUGGGAAGGCUUCGGCCCGGACCCGUACCUAGCAGGCAUCACCAUCGAGAACACAAUCACCGGCAUGCAAUCCGCCGGCGUCCAGACCUGCUCAAAGCACUACAUCGCCAACGAGCAAGAGACGCAGCGCUCCAACACGACGGUGAACGGCACGGUCAUCGAGGCCAUCUCGUCCAACGUCGACGACAGGACCGUCCACGAGCUCUACCUCUGGCCCUUCGCCAACGCCAUCAGGGCCGGCACGACGUCCAUCAUGUGCUCGUAUAACCGCUUCAACCAGACGUACGCGUGCGAGAACACUCACCUGCUGAAAGAACUGUUGCGAGAUGAGCUUGGGUUUCAGGGGUAUACUGUGUCGGAUUGGUUCGCGACGCAUUCUACCGCGGACUCUAUCAACAACGGUCUGGAUCUUGAGAUGCCGGGCGCUGUGCCGGGGAACUACCCCGGCGCCGCCACCUUCUUCGGCGACAAGGUCCUCGAGGCUGUGGCUGACGGCACCGUCCAAGAAUCCCGCAUCGACGAGAUGGUCCGCAACAUCCUGACGCCGUAUUACCUCCUAGGCCAAGACGCAGAGUCCUACCCCUCACCCGACCCAUCUCUCCGCUUCGUGACGGUCUUCCAAGAAGUCGGGCUGCAAGUCGCCAAAGACGCGGGCUUCAUCCCCGACGGCUUCGUCUUCACCCACGGCCGCGACGUCCGCGGCGACCAUGCGAAGCUCAUCCGUGAAAUGGGCUCCGCCGGCACAGUCCUCCUGAAGAAUUCGAACCAGACCCUCCCCCUGUCAAAGCCCAAGAUCAUCGGCGUCUUCGGCAACGACGCAGGCGAGAUGACAAACGGCUUCCUCCGCCCCUCCGAGGUCCCCGAGGACACGAACACAGGCACAAUGAUCAUCGGCGGAGGGUCCGGCACAGGACGCCCCUCCUACGUGAUCUCCCCUCUCGCCGCCGUCCGCGCCAAAGCGGCAGAGUACGGCGCGGAAGUCCUCUACGUGACCAACAACGACGUCCUCGCGGCCAAUGAUUUCCGUGGUGUAUACCCCCCGCCCGAAAUCUGUCUCGUGUUCCAGCAGACGUUCGCCAGCGAGAGUUUCGAUCGCACGUCGUUUGAGCUCGACGGGAACUCGACGGCUGUGAUCAACAACGUGGCUGAUUUCUGCGCGACGACGGUAGUGGUAACGCACUCGGGCGGUGUAAAUACCAUGCCCUGGGCAAACCAUACCAAGAUUGGCGCAAUCCUAGCGGCGCAUUACCCAGGCCAGGAGAGCGGUAACUCCAUCGUCGACCUACUUUGGGGCGACGUCGCGCCUUCCGGCAGGCUGCCGUACUCCGUCCCACGCAACGAGGAGGACGCUGGCCCCGCGAUUGUGAAUCUUACGCAGCCUGUCGUUGACCCGCUUGCGUGGCAGGCUGAUUUCAGCGAGGGCCAGAUGAUUGACUACCGCCACUACGACGCGCUUGGAAUUGAGCCGUUGUACGAAUUUGGUUUCGGGCUGACGUACACGACGUUCGCCGUGAUCGACAACCAGGUCGGCGUGAGCUUCAUCGCAGGAAACUCGUCCAUCGCUGCUCGCCCGGACACGGCUAUCCCGGUUCAACCUGGCGGGCAUCCGCAGCUGUGGGAGGAUCUCAUCAGCGUCAAGGUGUCGAUUUCGAACAUAGGCCAUGUGACUGCAUUUUCUAUCCCGCAGCUUUACGUCUCCUUCCCGUCGUUUUCUCCCGAGGGCACGCCGAAGAAGGUCCUGAGAGGCUUUGAAAAGAUCCAGAUCGAGGCGGGUGGCUCGGCUGAAGUGGAGUUCCGGCUGAUGAGGCGGGAUGUGAGUUUAUGGAAUACAUCGGACAAGGUGUGGGUGAUUCCGGAGGGCGAUUUCACGUUCCGGGUCGGCUUCAGCUCAAGGGACCUGCCGGCGGAGAAGGCCUUCUCGGUGCUGGUGUGA